AAUUGAGAACCGCCACUUGGUGCACACAUCCACUAUCUUCUCUCUCUUCUUCUCUCUAUCAAUUGGUGCACGGAUAAAGCAAGAACACGGUAAAGUUUCACACUUUUCCCCCAUUUCCAUUUGCUUCUCAUCUGGGUCACACGGGAAAACAAUUGAGAUGGAAGACAGGGAGAAUUGACUUGAACUGCAAGAUAGUCCAAGGAGAAGAAGAACGACAAGAUUGGAUUUUUUUUUUUUUUUUUUUGCAGAAGUAGAGAAUAAGAGUGGUUGUUGAUGAUGGAGUCUUCGAAGGCUCUGCGGUUUAUAACACACCAAUCGUUGUUUUCGACCGUUCGAUCUGGAGACCUUGAUGAGCUGAAGAAGCUGGUGGAGCAGCUGAGAAAGGAAGAGUCUUGUUCUUGUGCUUCAGAUGCAUCAUCUUCAUCGAUUUCUGACGUGAUGUCCCUUCAGAACGAUGCUGGAGAAACCGCUCUUUACAUCGCCGCAGACAAUAAUCUGAAGGACGUGUUCAGCUUCUUGCUCAAACUCUGUGACUUCGAGAUAGUGAAGAUCAGGUCCAAGUCUGACAUGAACGCCUUUCAUGUUGCAGCCAAGCGUGGUCAUCUUGAUAUUGUGAGGGAGUUUUUGAGUACUUGGCCAGAGCUUUGUAAGUUAUGUGACUCAUCAAACACCAGCCCGCUAUAUGCGGCUGCUGUUCAUGAUCAUCUGGAUGUGGUCAAUGCUAUCUUGGAUGUGGACGCCAGUUCCAUGAUGAUAGUUAGGAAAAAUGGGAAAACUUCCCUGCACAAUGCUGCUAGGUAUGGUAUGGUUCGAAUUGUGAAAGUUCUUAUUGCCCGGGAUCCAGCAAUAGUCUCCAUCAAAGAUAAAAAAGGUCAAACUGCACUUCACAUGGCUGUCAAGGGACAGUGUAGUGUAGUGGUGGAGGAGAUAUUACAAGCUGAUCCAACUAUACUGAACGAACGGGACAAGAAAGGCAAUACAGCUCUUCACAUGGCUACGAGGAAAGGCCGUGAGCAGAUUGUGGCCCUUUUGCUAUGCUAUACCGCCAUGGAAGUUAACGCCAUCAAUAAGCAGCAGGAAACAGCUUUGGAUUUGGCAGAUAAACUGCCGUAUGGAGAUCCGUCUUUGGUAAUUAAGGAAGCCCUUGCAGAGUAUGGUGCCAAGCAUGCCAGGAAUGUCGGAAAAAUAGAUGAAGCCAUGGAACUCAAAAGAACUGUCAGUGACAUAAAACAUGAGGUGCAGUCACAACUUAUACAAAAUGAAACUACUCGUAGACGAGUUUCUGGAAUUGCCAAGGAACUGAAGAAACUUCAUAGGGAAGCAGUUCAGAACACCAUUAAUUCUGUCACAGUCGUAGCUGUCCUUUUUGCCUCAAUAGCAUUCCUGGCCAUAUUCAAUUUGCCUGGUCAGUAUAUAACAGGAGGAUCAAAUGCAGGGAAGGCCAAUAUUGCCAAUCGUCUUGGCUUCAAAGUUUUCUGCCUUCUGAAUUCUACAUCUCUCUUCAUCUCACUUGCAGUCGUCGUAGUUCAAAUCACUUUAGUAGCAUGGGACACAAGGGCUCAAAGGCAGGUUGUAUCAGUGGUUAACAAGCUAAUGUGGGCUGCAUGUGCUUGCACAUGUGGUGCUUUUCUUGCAAUAGCUUUUGAGGUUGUUGGAGAACACACAUGGAUGGCCUUGACCAUCACCAUUUUGGGAGUACCAAUUCUAGUUGGAACACUAGCAAGCUUGUGCUACUUUGUUUUUCGACAACAUUUUGGUGUUUUCCGCAGCGAUUCACAGAGGCGAAUCAAGAGAGCUAGCGGAAGCAAAUCUUUUUCAUGGUCGUACUCUGCAAAUAUAUCAGACUUGGACGAAUAUAAUUCCGACAUUGAAAAGAUCUAUGCUCUGUGAGAACAUACAUAGCAUCGGAUGCAACUUUUUACUGAAACUGAGGUGAAAAUGUUAGAGCAGUAGAAUGGAGUAUUCACCUGUUUUCAGAUGAAGUUUCAGGUUGUAGUAGGCUGUGCAAAUCUGUUUAAUUUGCUCAUAUCUUGAUUGUUAAGAUCAAUAAUCAGCUCUCGGAUGUAGAUUUGUGUA